AUGGGUCGCACGAGAAGAUGGAGCUCCUGGAAUGUUAGGGGGCUUUGCAGCGUAGAAAAGAGAAGGGAGGUGAAGGAAGUAUUGAAGAAAGCAAAGGUAGAACUAAUAAUGUUGCAGGAAACCAAGUUGGGUGAUAAUAGAUAUAGAACGGGUGAGCUCUUUGCUAAAUCUCUUAAGCUCUGCCAUGCUGAGGUUAAUGCAUCCGGAUCAGCUGGUGGAUUAUUAUCUUGUUGGGAUUCCAAUAUUUUCAAUGUGGUGGAUGUAAUUCUUGAUCAGAGGUUCAUUCUGUUGAUAGCUAAUGUCUCUUUCUUGUCCUCUACUGUUGUGAUUGGUAAUGUUUAUUCCCCCAAUUCUGUGGCAGAACGCAGAGACACUUUUUGUAAGCUCUCUGAUGAAAUUAACAGACAUGGUUACGGAUGCUUUCUGGGUGGUGAUUUUAACAGCACCCUCAACCCUGGUGAAAGAAGAGGUGGCGCUGAUGAAACUGACAUUAAUUUCUGGGAUUUUACUAUGGGUCUAAAUCUAGUAGAUUUACCUCUAGCCAAUGCAGAGUUUUCUUGGUUUAGCUCACGUAAUGGUGGAAUCUGGAGUCGUAUUAAUCGCUGGUUAAUUAGUAAGGACAUACUGCGAGAACUAGAAGGUUUUAAUCAAUCUGCAGAAUGUUGGGGUUUGUCCGAUCAUAGAGCUAUAACCCUGGAGAUGGGGGCAGUUGAUUUUGGCCCCAAACCUUUUAGGUUUUACAAUUACUGGAUGCUGGAAGAUGAUUUUAAUGAUCUUGUGAGAUCAUGGUGGAAUUCACCCUUAAUAGCGGGGUGGGCUGGAGCAUCAUUACACGAGAGGCUGAAAUCUAUGAAGAAUGAGAUCAAGAAGUGGAAGGGGAGCAAGGGGUCAGGAUUAUCAGAGAGGAUCUCCAUCCUGGAAGGAGAGCUCCAAGUCAUUAUGGAGCAGAUGUUGAAUGAUGGGGUUUCCCCUUCUCUGCGUCAGAAAAGGAUGAAAGUUUUGAACGAUCUAUGGCAAGCCUUCAGACUGGAGGAGAGCAGAUGGAGACAGAAAUCUCGCACUAUGCAUUGUGAGCUAGGCUGGUGUUGGGUGUUGAAACCGAUUUUUCCUGUUUAA